AUGUCCGAUCCGUUAACGCCAAGCGUCGAGAACAAGUUAAACGAUUUAAAUAAGAAAAUCGCGGAAAUCAAGAAGAAGAUCCAGUUGUCAGAGGGUCAAAGGAAAGCGAAUUUCGAGGAGUACGAGGCAAAAAAGCAUGAGCACGCGGAGAAAAUUUCAGCUCUCAAACAGAAUGUCAAGGAGUUGUACGUCGAAUACGCGAAAACGAAAAACAACGAGGGAAAAUCGCAGACGGAGGUUCACAUGAGUCGCGAGUCCUCGGCCUAUGGGAAAAAAAGUAAUUUAAGCGAGACAAUUGCUAAAGCGCAGGAGGACAAUGUACGCUUAAGAAAGAAACACGAUCUAAUUAAGUAUCAGUGCGAGAAGCGACAGACGAAAUUAAGAUCGCUGUUGGAAGAGUAUGACCAAUUAGUGAACGAUAAAAUGCAAAAAUUGUUCAAGAAAAAGAUGGAUAAUCCGUUGCGAAACAAAAUCGUCAAACUGGAAGUACACUUGGAACACAUUAGAAUGAAACAGAUAAAGGCGAACCUGACGCGAAUGAAAUAUCGAGCCAUGCGUUCAAAUUUGAAAGAAAAAUCUGUGUCGUACGCUUCCUCGUUGAAGAGUUUGGAAGAUGAAAUUAGAGAGCAAGAGAACGAAGUGAAACGUCUGCAGGCAAGGCAUGAAAUUAAACUGCAGCGUGUACUGGAACGAAAAACGGAACUCGAGCGACUGGAAAAGAUGAUAUUCCAUUCACGUUUGCGAGAUGAUUUCGACACACGUGGGAAAAGCCGUGUGCAGACCACAGAGGACAUUACCAAGGACGAGGUGACACGGCUGGAGGUGGCGUUCGCCAAGCUCUGCAGCGCCACCGGAGUGUCCAGAUCCGAGGACGUUCUGAACCGGUUUCUGGGUCAGCGGGCGACCAAGGAUAAUCUACAGAAAAUGCGGGUGGCCACGGAGCAAGAGAAAAUGACCUUAGAAAAGCAGAGACAGGAGUUUAUCGCCGAGAUGGAAACCAGGAAAUUCUCUGAAACAAAGAACGCCGAGCAGUGA